GUCAGAGUAUAAUCUUGAUCGAGUAGUUAUAGUUAUUUAUUUAAAAAAGACUUCUUAUUCCUCAGAUCAUGUUCUACCUUAAACUCCUCAAAUGAAGAGAAAUCGCAUGUGCAAUAAUUUUAAAAUGUGUCCUAAGUUCACAUUAAUAAUAUUUGUUCUAUAUCAUGUUGAUUGAGCAAGCUCUAUUGAGGUCAUAAGUCGUAUGCUAAGAAAUUUUCUUUCAGACUUGGACUUAUCGUCAAAGAUUAUAAAUAAAAAAUUUCAAAAUGACUUAAGUAUGAUUGUUGACGAACUUUGACAUCAUACCCUAGGAUGAAACACAAGAUUCCUUGAAAAAAACAUAAAGGAAUGUUAGAGAAUCUUUGUUGAGAAUCUACGAUAAGCGUUUCAUCAACUACUAAACUAGAUAUUUACCAAAUAAAGGUUGGCAAUUUUUAGUAAGAUAGUCAAUUGAGAUAAACAUAUUUAUCCAACAAUCAAGUAUCUUUAUUCUCCAUGGGGGGAGGGGGGGGGAGGAUAAGAAAUAAAUAGCAUCAUCUUAGGAUUUCCCUCUUUAUAUAUUACAUAUCAAACGAUAGAAAACCUCAAUGGUUGUCUGAUGUUAUGGGGUAAAAGCGGGAUCUCUAUCCCGGGGGUGGGGAUAGGCAAGUAGCACUUUUAAUACGGGUAUUAGGCAAGAUAAGAUAGGUCUGGCGAAGUAUCUGGAUAAUUUUGAGUCUACUAUAUAUAUACACACAUAUAUAUACCUAUAUAUAAUAUCAAUGUAUACUAUCUUUUCAUUUUACUCAAGAUACGAUAGAAGAUAGGCAUGACAAAGUAUUUGCAUAAAUUAGAGGUUAGAGAAUUAGGGAUUAGAGUUCACCUAUUAGAGGUUAGGGUAUAGUAUCAUGCCCCAAAAAACUUCGGAGUCUAAAUAGUAAAACUCAAUGGUCGUAUGGUAUUGUGUGUGUGAUUCAGGUUGGCAUGCGCUAAAUAUUAGUGUUUUGGUUGACAAAUUUUGACAUAAGUUAUAAAUGGCACGUGACAGCGGCAUAAUUUAGGAUUAGAAAACCGAAGCAUCAGAAGUGAGUGUGCUAAAUAUUGGAAAUUUUCAAUAUAGACAUACUACAAACUCUUUUAUGAAUCAAGAACACAAAAUAUUUAGAAGAUCCAAAAUGAUUUAAACUUAUAAAUAAGUUAAUUAAUAUAAAUUAUAAAAUAAAUCUUUCCGGCCAACGGGCCGGGUAAAAAGCUAGUUAUAUAUAUAUAAUGGCGUCUUCAGUGCAUUCACUUUUUUAGUGCAUUCACUUUUUUUAGUGCAUUCAGUGUACUCACUUCAUAACUGUCAUUUGAAACAUGCGAUUUAUGUCAAAAUGAUGUCAAUCAUCACUUAUGAUGUGAUGAACAAUAACACACAUGAAUUUGCACAAAAACCAUUAAAGAUUUACUUUAAUUAGAAGGAUUUAGAGUUUAGAGACUUAGGGUUAGGGUUAGGGUUUACAAUUUGGGGUUUAGGGAUAGAACUCAAAAUUGGAGGUCUAAGGGGUAAUCCGCUAAUUAGUUGUUAUCAUAUGUUAUAUCAUCAUAUUACACUAAUUCAAUAAAUUAAAAUUCAAAAUCCAACACUUUAAGACUAGUUUUUGAGUUUGGUGCAUUGAACGCACUCAUUUUUGUGAGUGCACCGAAGUAGUCACCAUAUAUAUGUUGAUGCUCCAACUGCCAGCUUUCAGCUUUAUGAUCAGUAGCCCUAAGGUAAGGAAAAAAAGUUGCAUGUUCUCCUAUGUUACGUUGUGUUAUGGGUAAUAGGAUAUGGACACCCUCCUCAACGAAUUGAAGAGAGACCCAAUUAAAAACCGACCAUUGGUUGGGCCAUCCUAAUCAAGACUACCAAAUAUGCAUUAGGAGGAGGAGGAAUCCUCCAAUUGCAAGGGGGAGGAACCCAACUUUCAUAUCAUUUUCAGAACCCUCAACUCUCUUUCAUAUGCACUGCACAUAUAUGUAUUGUAGUGGCUCAACCUUUCUAUUGCCUUUUGUCUCUCUUAAGUGGAUGUGAAUCAUAGAAAAAAUUUGGGUAAAUACAAUUUAAUAUCCAAACCUUUCAUUUUAAACAAUAUAGUAGCCAAACCUUUUCGAAAACAAUAUAAUAUCCAAAUCGUCAACUUUCCGUUCGUUUGACCGUUAGUUGACACUUCCAAAUAGUUCGAAGUACGACACUUCAUCAAUAUCCAUCGAUAUCUUCUCUGAAAAACCACCAACAUAUCAUGGUUCCAAACCCGAGAAGUCCAUGACUCCACCAUACUGGUAUAGAAUAUCUAAAUAUCCAGUCAUCUGCAAUGCCAAAACAAGAAGACAAAGUUGUAUGUGACAAUUUCCCCUAAACAAAGCUUUUUUGAAGUGUCAACUAACAGUCAAACGGACGGAAAGUUGACGAUUUGGAUAUUAGAUUGUUUUCGAAAAGGUUUGGCUAUUAUAUUGUUUAAAAUGAAAGAUUUGGAUAUUAAAUUGUAUUUAUAAAAAAAUUUGCAAUCCAUUGCCGCUCAGCUUCAUUUGUAAAAGAGCAUUUUUUAUUAUCUUUUGUAUAGUUACCACCUUAACUCACUUUUGGCAAGUCAUGCAAAAAUGGCUAAGCUAAAUAAUUUUGGUGAUUGUAAACUCUUUGUACCUCCUGCUAAACUAUAUCGAACUCACACAAUUCACCUCAGACAAUAUUCUCGAUCCAUCAAGGUUGAUGGAAAAGAGAAAUUUGGUUUUCAUAAUUUAUCACAAUUAGUUACAUGCACAUACUCUCUUGUGUAGAUGGAAGAGCAUGGAUUUAGAUUCAUUGAUCUGAAUGACAUAGUAUACUAGCUAACUUGAUGUUGUAGCAUCGAAUUAUGGGUCACUAGCUUUUAAGUAGCGAAUAUCAAAUUCUUGGUAAUAAAAAUGUUUAAUAAUUCCUUAUUUUCAGGUCUAAACACUCUCGAAUGGAAUAUUUUUAAAAAGAUUGGAAUUGGAAGGCAAGCCCAUCCCCAACCAAUAGCCAAACUCGUCAAGAGUGAUCAGACUUCUUUUGCGGCUGGAAUUCAAACUUGUUGGAAAGCAAUUUAAGGCUUAGCUGUGACCUCAAUGAAUGAAUUAAUGGAAUUCGGUACUGGUCUAUACUCUCUCUAAUCUCUACCCCAUCAAUAUCAUUAUCAGCCCCCCACCACCAUUUCCCAUAUAAAUCACACAUCAUCUCUCUCUCUCUGUAUGUAUAGUACCUCUGUCACUCUCUCCAUUGAAUUCCAAAACUAAACCAUCACUCUCUCCUACAAGGAAAAACAGAAAACUCUGCUCUGGUUCUACAAUGGAGGCAGGGAAGCCAUCAUCAGCAGCAGCAUCAAGAGGCCAGCAACACGAGAUCAUGUGGAAUCGAUUAGUGGCUCAAUUGACCGUACUGAAGAUCUUAGCCAUAGCCUGCACGGCCUCUGCAAUCUGCGUCAUGGUCACCAGCAACCAGAACGUCCUCGUUUACGGGAUCCCCUUCUCCGCUCGCUUCACCUACUCUACCGCUUUCAAGUUUUUGGUGGCUGCGAAUGGAAUAGUCUGCGGGUUCUCAGUGGUGUCCCUGUUCUUCAUUUUGCCACAACUGGGGAAGAGCAGCUCUUCUGCAGCUCACCCGCCUCUCAACCUUUUCUACCUCUUACUACAUGAAAUGGUGAUGAUGGGGCUAAUGACUGCUGCGUGUGGAGCAGCAACAGCUAUAGGACUUGUGGGCUACGAUGGGAUAGAAGAGAUUGGAUGGAUGUCCUUCUGUGAGAAUGUUCCUAACUUCUGCCACAAAAUGUUGGCUUCGGUUGUCUUGUCUUACAUGGUUCUUUGCACUUACUUGGCUCUCACCUUUGUCUGUGCCAGCAAAUUAGCAGCCUCUUCUUCUCCUCACUAAAACCCACAUUACCCUAUAUUUAACGCCCUACUAAACGUUUACUCUAUGG